AGAGGGGCAGAUUCAGGGGAGGGACGCAAGCAGCAGCAGCUCCCGGUCUCACUGCUCACACACAGGGAAGAAGACACAGGGCUGACACUGAUGGUGCUGUGCAUCUGAUAAAAACAAACAAACGGGAGAAUAAACCUGAAAUUUGAGGGGAAACAGCACUGGGACAAUAUGCAGAUGUCAGAAUCAGGCUCACAGCAGGAACGGCUCCAGGCUAUUGCAGAAAGGAGGAAAAGACAGACAGAAAUUGAGAAUAAGAAAAGACAACUAGAGGAUGACCGACGACAGCUUCAGCACCUCAAGUCAAAGGCACUGAGGGAAAGAUGGCUGCUAGACGGUGCGCCCUCUGCAGGACCGGAGGAAGACGAGACUACAAAACAGUUGCGGGAAGACGAGGCCAAAACCAGAGGUCUUGAGGAGACCAUUCUUAGACUGGAAAGAGAGCUGGAAGAGCUAGAGACAGGUUUGUCUGCAACAUCCACCAAAGAGAACCUGUCAGACGCAGUACAGGAAGUCAACACCGUGACAGUAGAGAAAAUGGUUGUGACAGACUCUGUAAAAGGUGUAAAAGAGGUCAAAGUUCACGUCAGCCCUCGUCUGGAGAAAUCCGGAGGUGUCUCUGACAUGAUGAGAGCAGCGAUGUACUCCGUAGAGAUCACUGUUGAGAAGGACCUGGUGACUGGAAAGACCAAAGUCCUGUCCACUAACACACUGCUCCCCAAAGACCUCUCGCUGCAGGGGGUCAAGGUCUAUGAGGAUGAACAGAAAGUGGUGCAUGAAGUGCGCAGUGUGGACGGCGCAGUGACCAAUGGCGUUCACCAGCUCAGCUCUUCAGAGGUGGAUGAGCUCCUCCACAAAGCUGAUGAGGUGACCAUGAGCGAGAGCGGCAAGACUACGCCACGACUCGAGCGAGGGCAGGCCGAGAAAGUGGAGAAGGUUGAGAAAGAUGUAGUCCCAGGUGCAGCCGGCUCCACCCCCGUAAUGGAGAUCACAGGUGUAGAACCGAAACCCGCAACACCUCAGACAGAAGUGGGCGGGGCCAGUGCGGAGAACCCAGUUACGAUGGUUUUCAUGGGUUACCAGAGCGUGGAGGACGAGGAUGAAACAAAGAAGGUUUUGGGGCAGGAAAGCACGACUGUGAAGGCCGAGGUGGUCGUCAUAGAGGAUGGAGAUGCCAAGACCACCACCACCAGUGACACCAUGCAGGAGCAGGCACCUUCUAACGGCAGCCCAGCAGAGCCACCGAAGGCUGAAGAGGCGGCAGGAGAGUCGGGACAGCCAGAAGGGGGCGCUGCUGAGGUCAAGAGCAAGGAGAAACAACCCUGCAAGUGCUGCGCCAUCAUGUGAGCCUAAACGCACCCACCCAAACAUGGACUUUACUGAUGAAAUGCAACAACAUACAGAGAGAACAAUAGCAAGGCAAAGAAUAAACAUUCACUAUCUUUUGAUAGAA